AUGACAAGCCACACAGCAAGCAGGCUCAAUGAUCUGGGGCGACACUGACCGCUGCACAGCCGGCAGAGCAUCUGCUCAGUAUCAACAGGCAGCCUCACUAACUUUUCAAGACAAGGGAACUGAGUACAGGGAAGAAAUCACUUUCCAUCAGUUUUUUUUUUUAAUUUAAGGAAGAAUUAUAAGAAGACCAUAAGAAGUAACCAUGCUGUCUGCGUGUUUAGAGUUUCUCGGCCUGACACUGUGCGUAACAGGGUCACUGCUGGUGAUGGUUGCCUGCGGGCUGCCGAUGUGGAAGGUGACAGCUUUCAUCGAGUCCAACAUUGUGGUGGCACAGACCAUCUGGGACGGGCUGUGGAUGUCAUGUGUGGUGCAGAGCACUGGCCAGAUGCAGUGCAAAGUGCACGACUCAGUCCUGGCCCUUAGCCAGGACCUGCAGACGGCCCGGGCGCUGACGGUGGUCUCCGCCGUGCUGGGAGUCGCUGCCCUGUCGGUGACCAUAGCCGGGGCGCAGUGCACCAACUGCAUCAAGGAUGAAUUCGUGAAGGCGAAGGUGGUCAAUGCCGGAGGGGUCAUCUACAUCAUCAGCGGUCUUUUCGUGCUGGUGCCUCUCUGCUGGAUGGCCAACAAUAUCAUUGUGGACUUCCACAACCCACAGGUGCCCUCAGCCAAGAAGAGGGAGAUUGGAGCGGCUAUCUACAUCGGCUGGGCGGCCACAGCGCUUCUGCUGCUCGGCGGCACCCUACUGUGCUACUCCUCUCCUCCGGGGCUCAGGAACGCCUACCCCAUCAAAUAUGCUCCCACUAAGACUAUCACGGCCAACGGGGACUUUGACAAGAAGCAUUACGUGUAGAGUCCAAGUGUCGUCUGAGACAUUUGUUUUGCGCAGUCAUCACCGAAAUUUCAGCCAAACUGCUGACCAAGUAUGAAAGGGUGUGUGGCCAAAAGCCACCGUGUAAUUCAUUUUCGGUAACACUUUACUUGAAGUGGUGCUCAUUAUAUCGCAAGCUCAUUAUCGUGGGUGCAGGAUCAAUAUGAUAAGCAGAAUAUGCAAAAAUGAGUGGUUGAAUAGCCUACUUCAUGGAGCAUCUGCAUAGUUAAGAAUGCUGAAUUGAAUGUAUUUUUAAUGUUUACCUGACAAAUACUGUAGGCAGAGUCUAUCUUCUAAAUGGGUUUAUAAUCCGCUUGUAAUGCAUCACCAUGCACUUCAAGUAUACUGAGAUAUUAGAGGUUUGGCAGAGGUUUAAUGGGUCACUGAAUGCAGAGUUUGAAUGCCAGAGACUGACACUUGUUGCCUAUGAGAGCAUCAUUUCAUUUGUUUAUGGGAAUUUUGUCUGGGUUCUGCAUGGAUGUCGUUGUGGUCAUGUGUUUUUUCAUUGAACAUGUUCAAACUAUUGUUCUACAUGGGUCAAGUGGUGCGCCACGGUUCCUGGCCCAACUGAAUAGCUGUGGAGUUUCACUGUAAAUAGGCUCUUUUUUUUUUUUUUUUUUUUUUUUGUGUGUGUGUGUGUGAAGGGACUAGUGCUUGAAAUUGGUUCCCACAUUGCAGAGGCCUUCAGACCAAUGUGCACUCAUAUUGUGAUCAAAGGAGGACAUUUGCAUUUGAAUACAUGUACUCUAUUGUGUACCUGCUGCCAUUUUUUUUCUAGUCUUUAUAUGGGACAUACUUUUCUAAUAAAGGGAAAACAAC